AAGCUGCAAAUCAUAAUGGCUACCGAGGCUUUGGAGAAAAGAGGAAAUGUAAUUAAUUUGUGCUGUCCUGCUCAGUCUAGUUGAGGCAAAUCAUAUUUCUCAGGUUAUGUAUGUAUAGUUGCACUCUGAGGCCGUAUAAAGGGUCGGGGCGUUACAAGAAGCUCUUGGCAAAUUAAAACCUCCUCUUCUUUCAAAGCAGUGUUACUUAUUAUGCAGGCAAUCAAUUAACAAACAAGCGUACUUAGUUGAAUAUUACCUAUGGACGGAAGCAAUGGCGCCAAUGCGACAAGUAUUGACAUUAAAGUGUUGGCAAAAUCCCUAGAAGGCAAGGUAAUGCAAAGCCCUACAACCGAUUCUAAAAACAAGUACUGUUCUAUCUUCAAAGUUCCAGACAUUCUCCUUAAGCAAAACGAAAGGGCUUACGUCCCCAACUCAUUCUCCAUCGGACCUUUCCACCACGGUACCAAACCUGAACUAGAAGUCGGAGAAAUGAUCAAGCUGCAGUACUUGCACGAUCUUGUUAAGCGAAAACCCAAUCCAGAAACAAGUUUUCAAGAACUGAUCACAGCCAUGGCUAACAUGAGCAAAGAAGCAGGCGACUGUUAUGCCGCACCAGUACUCGGCAAAAAUGUGACGAGCCAAGACGAAUUUGUGAAGAUAUUAGUAGUUGACGGUUGCUUCAUCGUUGAGCUGCUGCGCAAGGGCGCACGCGAGGUGGACGUCGACGAGCACGACCCCAUAUUCAACAACCCUCGCCUGCUGCAGUUUCUGGCGCAUGACUUGCUAUUGCUCGAAAACCAGGUACCUUGGUCGGUGCUCGAGCGCAUCUUCACAGUCACCGAGCCCAACUUCUCCGGCGCCGGAGGUGGUGCUCGCAGAGGGUCCCCUCGGAUGGCUGAACUUGCUUUGCAGUUUUCCCAAUACACUCUCCGAUUUGCGUUUCCCCGCGGAGGAUACAUCCCUCCUGACAGUGCAGUCGUAAGCUGCUUGCAUUUACUCGACCUUUGCAGACUCGCAUUCCUGCAGAUAGGUGGGAGCAGCAGUACAAGUGCUGCUGCAACUACUGCAAAAGCGCCUCGCCGGGAAGGAGAACCACCCACUACUGAGAUCUUUAAGGGGAAGAAAAUUCCUUCAGUCACGGAUCUGGUAGAGGCUGGAAUAGAAUUUGAGAGCGUGGAUCCGUAUCCCUAUAGGAGUCUUUUGGAUAUAAAAUUCAAAAAAGGGGUCUUGGAAAUCCCACAGUUGACAAUUCUCGAAAUGUCAGAAACUAUACUGCGAAAUCUCGUCUGCUUCGAACAGUGUUAUCCACACUUUCCCCCUCGCUUUACUUCUUACGUCCUGCUCUUGGAUUACCUCGUAGGGAGCACCAAGGACGUGCGUGCAUUGUGCAAUAGCAAAAUUUUUCUUAACUGGUACAAGGAUGAGGAGGUUGUCCAUAUGUUCCACAAGAUUUGCAGCGACGCAUGGAUCAAAGACUUCCAUUAUGAGGCCCUCUGCGACGAAGUGAACCAGUAUUGUAAGCGCAAGUGGCCGAGAUGGCGAGCGACGUACUUCAGAUUUUUCGGCACUCCAUGGGGAAUUCUAACGCAAGUUGUCGCUGUUGCUGGUCUGCUUCUGACCUUCUUACAGACUCUAUAUACCAUAAAGGGGACUAGCGUCAAGGAACAUCGUUGAUAUUCCGGGCAUGCAUGCAGUUGAAUAUGAUGAUGACAAAUAUUUGGGAUUUUAUUUUAAAUUACUUAAUCACUCCUCUGCGUAUAAAUAAAAGUUAAUUAAGAUAGAUUUAUAGUUGAUUUUUAGGGCUUGGAUUUGAGAGAAAUCCAAGUCCUAGAGCUGCUGCAAAUCAUAUUGGCUCCAGAGGCUUUGGAGAAAACGGGAAAUGUAAUUAAUUUGUGAUGUGCU